AUGAGCGAAUACAAGAUUGUGAGCUUGGAGCAGCAACUUCUGGAGAGCAGUGAGAGUCUGAGGAGCGCUGAGCAGCAGGUCACAGAGAAACGGCAACACGUGGAUAAACUGCAAGGAGAGCUGAGUGCUGAGAAGGCCUUUCUGGAUCAGCGGGUGUGUUUAUUGGAGCAGCAGAGUCAGGAGAAGGCCAGUCGGCUGGAAGGAAGCCUCAUGUCUUUACAGACAGACAAACAGAGGCUUCUGGACAGGCUCGUGGAUCUGGAGAAGCAGAUGGUCGAGGCAAACUCCACUUUAAAGCAGCGGACAGCUCAGCUGGAGCAGUGCAAGACGGAGCUGAACAGCCGGCUAACGAUGAGCACCGAAAUCGCCAAAUCUCUGGAAGAAACCAGAAGGCAGAAGGAGGAGCUGCAGAAACAG